CCAGUUUUUCUGGAUCACAGAAAAAGUCACCAGAUUUUCGCACAAAAUUCGGUCAAAACGGCUGUUCCAGCACCUGCUACUUCCACGGGCAGCCAUACAAAUCCUCCCAGGUCAGGUGUUAUUUAAGGACAGCAUAGCUCGGUUCCGAAGCCAGGAUAGUUUCACUACCCUCUCACCAAAUAAAGUUUCACCUUUUGCCAAGCACAUCAGCCUCGCAGACAGUCAUCAGUGGGGAGGGGAAAACAUUCGGCCAUGGCCUGGCUCCGCAUCCUCCCGGCGACGACCGCCGCCAUCCUCUUCUACAUCCUCUUCUACGUCGUGGCAGGCACCGCCGUCGCCACCGACGCUCCCGACUACCUCGUCCAGGGCCGCGUCUACUGCGACACGUGCCGCGCCGGGUUCGAGACCAAUGUCACCGAGUACAUCAAGGGUGCCAAGGUCAGGCUGGAGUGCAAGCAUUUCGGCACCGGCAAUGUCGAGCGCGCCAUCGAUGGGGUGACCGACGAGACCGGCACGUACAAGAUUGAACUCAAGGACAGCCACGUGGAGGACAUCUGCGAGGUCGUCCUCGUCGAGAGCCCCCUCGCAAACUGUGCCGAGGUCCAGGCGAGCAGGGACCGUGCCCGCGUCGUGCUCACCAGGGACGAUGGCAUCUGCGACAACCUGCGCCUUGCCAACCCGCUCGGCUACUUCAAGGACGUGCCACUGCCCGUCUGCGGUGCGCUGCUCAAGCAGUUCACCUUGGCUGACGAUGAUGAGUAAGAGUACGGCGACGAUCGGCGUCGCAUCACCGGACAGGCUGCACAACCUAUAAAUCAGUUGCCUGGCCUGCAAGUAGCAUGUACGUGUCAGCAAAGUACAGAGUGAACCCAUAGCAAUAGCUGAAAACAUGAAAAACUGUAAUUUUGCUGUCUAUAUAAUGCUACUCACAGCCUUGUGACGUACCA